GCAGCAACUUGCCGCUCCAAUCAGCCAGCGGCGAUGACGCACUGGCUGGGCCCCUGCUUGGCGCCUAAAGCUUGGCAUCCUGAUACGCCGAGGCCACGGAAAGCCCCUCUUCUUCGAUUGCUUCGACGCCGUCCAUGUCUGACUACUGAUCUUCCCAUCCCGACGAAGGCCUGCUACAGCAUCCUCCAUCGCCCUUGUCUCAACGCCUGCGCAAAUCAUCGGUCUUUGACCGACAGACGAUUGCAACCAUGGCUGCGAGAGGCGUUUCGGUGCUCAAGUUUGUCGGCACCGUCUCGCUCGGUGUCCUGACGGGCCUCUCCUACACGCUCUCCUCGCUCACCAUCCCCGCCCUCCUGACCCUCCCGUCGGCGAGCACUGCCGCCCGCGCUUUCGACGCCCUCACCACAACGGCGGCGCGCCACACCCGCACCCUAGCCGCUCUCUCCUCCUCCGCCUUCGCUCUCGCCUAUAUCCUCUCCCCUCGCCCACUGCGCCACCCCUACCUGCUCUACGUCUCCACUCUCGUCCUCGGCUCGCACUUCGCCGCCUCGGACCUGCUCGCCCCGUACCUGCUCUUCCUCGGCCCCGCCCGGCCGGCAUCGUCCGCCGCGGCGGCCGGCAAGGAGAGGCAGAAGGAGAUGGACAAGCACGCCGCGGCGAGGGCGCGCAUGGAAGCUAGCUACGAGGUGCUCGGCGGCGUCGGGUCGGAUGCGACCAGCGAGGGGAGCACGGGGGAGGAGAUGGAGGCCGAGGCCGACGAGGCGGGGGAUGUCAACGGGGAGGAGGUGAGGGCCCAGGUGGAGGCCUUCCUGAAGAAGCAGAUUGUGCGGAGCGCCUUGGCGGGGCUGGGGUUCCUGCUUUCGGUGGUGGGGAUCUGGGGCGACGGCGUCAGCCCUGUUUACGAGCAGGCUGUGAUCCUUGAGGUUUAGGGGACAAAGGGGUGAGCAAGACAGUGUGAUACCGGUGGGGAGUUUGUGACGCGACUGGCAUUCUGCUUGAGGAGUAUAUCGUGCUGAGGCGCUGCCGAAUUGGUUUCACGGUCCGUAUGGCAAAAAAUCACCUCUCUUGAGUCUUGCAUUUUUGCGUGCGUCGGUCAUUCAUCGCCAAAGACUGUACUGUAUCUACAGG